UUAAACUUUAAGAUUGCAAAACGCAUCUAAGGACGCAGGUAUAUAUACUUGUGCGACAGAUAUUGACACUAAAUAUUUAAGAAAAGCGUUGAACAUUUAUUGACGAAAACUACAGGAUGAUUUUCCUUCUGUGUUUUUCUGUUGCAUUGGUUAUUCAUGUUACGGGCGAUACCAGCUGCCCGGAGGUGACGAUCGUCUCACGCGCAGACUGGGGAGCACGUGCGCCCAGCAGCCCCUCUCCUGCGCUCCGGGGCCAAACGAGGGUAAUCUUCAUCCACCACACGGAAACUUCCUCGUGCACAGACACCGCCACGUGCAGCGCCCGCGUCAGAGAGAUUCAAUCAGCUCAAAUGGAAAUCAGACACUGGAACGACAUUGGUUACAACUUCCUGAUCGGUAACGACGGGAACGCCUAUGAGGGGCGGGGCUGGGGCGUCGCCGGGGACCACACUUCCGGUGGAGGCAGCCGAGAAUUCGGGAUAGCCAUGAUUGGCAAUUACGAGAGCAAUCUGCCGAGUGAAGCGGCGUUGAAUGCCUUGGACAACAUCCUGAAGUGUGCCGUCAGAAAGGGGCAUUUGUCGAGGAGGUACUGCCUUAUGAGCCACAGGGACACGGACUCGCGCACCUGCCCUGGCACAGCCAUGCACAAUGAAAUCAUCUCAUGGCCGAGGUACUGCUGGCGCUGGUGAAGUGGACAGGUACAAGGCAUCUUUGAGUGAUUUUCAUAUCAUUCUAAAGAGAGUUCAGAUUUCGAGUGACAUGAUUUAAUAAACUGUUCUGCAUCCCA